UAGGGCACAAAGGGCGGGGUCGCCGCCAAAGUCCCCAGCAGUCACACGACUCGCUGCGACACUUUGCAUCUGCCGGGCCCCGCCAGCCCCGUGCCCGCCGGCCCGCGCAUGGCUCCGGCGUCGCUCGUCAUGAACCUCUCUGGGCUCAGGACGUGUGACCGGGACCACGCGGGGCCCGGCCGGCUGCCAUUCAGUGUAGAGUCGCUGCUGGAGGCGCAGCGCGAGCUGGCCGCGGAGCCCGCGGAACCCUGGGAGGAGAGGCCGCGGGACCCUGCGGAGCCCCGGGCCAGGUUCCUUCCUGCCGCCCGCUCGUCCUCCCCACGCGCCCCCAGCCCUCCACCCUGCACCCUCCGAAAACACAAGAACAACCGCAAGCCCCGGACGCCCUUCACCACCGCGCAGCUCCUGGCAUUGGAGCGCAAGUUCCGCCAGAAGCAGUACCUGUCCAUCGCCGAGCGCGCCGAGUUCUCCAGCAGCCUGAGCCUCACUGAGACGCAGGUCAAGAUCUGGUUUCAAAACCGCCGGGCCAAGGCCAAGCGGCUGCAGGAGGCCGAGCUGGAGAAGCUGAAGCUGGCGGCCAAGCCGCUGCUGCCCGCGUUCGCCCUGCCCUUCCCCGUGGGCACCCACCUGCACUGCUCCCCGGACGCUUACGGCGGCGCUGCGGGCACCCUGCCGCAGGUGCCAGGACUCCUCGCCCGGCCGGUCACCGCCUAUGGUGUGUAUUACCUCUCCUAGGGCGGCCUGGACACACGCCAGCGACCCGGCGGUGGCCUGGGGUCCGCCGGGAGGGCGGGCGCAGGGCGGGGAGAUGGGCCCCGCUGGGGAGCUACGUCCUGGCCGCGCCUCGGUCCUCGCGGAAUCUGCCGCGUCUCCUCGGUUUUUUUGUUUUGUUUUGUUUUCCAGAGUUUUUUGUUUUUGUUUUUGUUGAUACAAUGUUGUCAUUGAUGCCUAGAUCCUAUUUGUGGGUGUCUUACAAAUAUUUAAAAACUUUUAAAAUCAUGUUCGUACUAGACAAACUUUCCUUAAAGACUGAGAACGUAGUUUCAUACAGUACCUGUGGAACGGGCCGAGGUAGAGCUUCGUGUUUUGUGCAAAGCUGCCGAUAAAGCGUUUUGGAGCAUACUGUGCGGAUCGCCUGGAACUCCCUUCCCGCCUGUAACUACCGGCUCUGAGAACUCCCGGAAUUGUUUGGGACAAAGCAGUGAGAAAGACCGUUUGGUGCCAGGACGCCUAAGUGAAACGCGCGGAAUGCUUUCACUAAGCUUGUCACCGUCGUGGCAGAAAGGGAACUUAUACGUUUAUUUUAGGGAAUCUUUUCCGUGUUUAUUUAUUUUUUAUUUACUAGAGAACAUGGGGGAGCCUGAGGCGAGAUGCUGUCUGUGGGAGCACGUGUCAAGUGCAGUGUGUGUGAGUGUGUAUGGAGCGUCUCUGAGUGUGUGUGGGGUUUGUAAGUGUGAGUGUGGGGGGUGUCCACGCAGGGAGGCCGGCGGCAGAGGCGCGGACUGGGGGUGGAGCGCGACCGCUUAGCUCCGCGGGCCGCAGACCCCGAGAGACGCCGCGGGCUGGCGGGCUGGGGAGCAGUUGCCGGCUUGGUCCUGAGGGCCUCGCGCUGCCUUGGCUGUUUCCUGGGCGCCGAAUGAGGAAAACGGCGGUCUACCUUUCCGGAGGUUCCGCCGGCCGACCCCAGCCCUCCUACUCAGGACUGGGACAGUCAAGGUCCCAAAGGAAGGAUGGGACCUGCACGCGUUUCCCCUCCCAGCCGGGAUGGAUCCGAUGGAUCGCAAGGCUUCAGACCCUGCUCCCGCCCGCACCCGCGUCGGAGCUGCAGCGAGGAAGGGGACUCGCAGCUUUUCUCUCCCUGCAGGGGCCGCAGGUCCCUGGCGCUGGGCUGAGUCCGGCAGCCCCGAGGGGAAGGCUGAGGGGCUGCCCCACAGGAAACCGCUCAGAGAAGUCCCUAAGUCAAGGUCUUGUUGUACUAACUGGCCUGUUAGUAGCCAUCCUUCUCCCUGUGUUUCCUGGAAAAAUGAACAUUCAGUGGUGUUUACAGGGACACUGAUCCAGUUCUUGAAGUGCGAGCUGCGGAAAGUGAAGGCUGGUGAUGAGCAGGGCCCAGGGGGCAGCAGCUGCCCGUCCUCCCCAGGUGUGCAGGCAUAUCCCAAAGCACUGCUGUUUAAACUCAGAGCCCAACUCCAGUCACAAUCAUCACCGGGACAGAGCCACCCUGAACACAUGGCCAGAGAGGGCGGGCAGGGCCGAGGGGAUCGCAGAGCCACAAACCACCACCAGCCGGCCAUCAUCUGCACCUGGCAGACCUUGUCUGUUGCUUUUUAAAGCCACACAAUACUUUGAUCUAGUUCUCACACCUGAGGUUCCUGAGAGAUGCCCACUGGGAAAGUCAGGAUCAACUUGUACAGCCAGGACAAUGCUCCCUUUGCAAAUAGUCUGAGGACUGCUGAUCUCCAUUUCUGACCAAGACACCUGUCUGGGGAGGCUCCCCCCCACGUCCCCCACUGGCUGAGCUGGUCGGCCACCCGAGGGUGAGUGAGGCCUGUGGGGGCCCCUGACGUGUGACAGCCCCCCAGCUGAGCACUCUUGUGGUUGGGCUGGGCUGAAGUAAACUUGUCUAGACGAGGCCUCUCCCGCACUUCCAGCCCCCUUCUUCCUGCACGGUUGCUGCCUGUCCUCCUCUGAUUGGGUGCCUGAACGCCUUGGGCCAGACUCCACACUCUGCCCACCUGCCAGCCAUCUCCUUCAGCCAGUGUGCUUCCGAAUGGAAGGUCUCCAAAGCCCCGAGGCUGCCGGGAGCCACCAGAGCCAUUCACACACCACGACCCUCGUUGGAGGACAGACACCCCGAACUCCAGAGUCCUGCCCCCCUCCAGGCCCUUUCAUCUGCUCCUAGUGGACUUGGAGACCCCAGCCCUGUCCCUGGGAAACCACCUGGACCAGGGGGACAGGAGAGCAGUUCAGGGCAGACCACAGCUCUUUGGGGGUGCAGGGGCCAGUUGGUCUGGAAAGGAUUAGGACGGCGUUGUGCAAUGGGGUCCCUGGGUGACCCCUGGUAGGACCAAAGUGGGGAGAGUGGGACGGUGGAGGACCCCAGACAGACGACACGUGCCAAUUGGGUUUCUCAUCAGUCUCAUUAAAUGAGUCACAUAACAAGUAGGCCUUGCUGGUGUGGGUGACCAGAACCCUACCUGAGCCCUGGAACACAACCCUGGGCUCCUAUGUCAGUGUCAUGUUGGAAAAGGGAGCAGGGCUAGGCUUGGUCAGGCUCAUUCACUUGGUUCCUGGGCCCCUAGGGUCCCUUCCUGGCACAUCGUCAGCCCUCACUAGCCGUGGUACCUCCCGUACCAGCCUUGCCUCCGGUCCGGGGUGUUAUCUUAGCCCACCCCAGGUGUGGACCUCAGGCCAUAGGUCCUGGGCCUGUGGACCACUCAGAGUGGGGGGGCCAGCUCAGUCUCGGUCAGUAUUUCUGGAGGAAGGACAGACUCCCAAGAUCUGACUAGAGUUCAGUUGGUCAUAAAGAAGCAGUUGUCUGGAGGCAGGGGAAUUCCUUGUGUGACUUCUAAAAAUGUGACACUGGGGGCUUCUUAAGCUGGGUGUUGGGGCUGCGGUGCCUACUGUCCCCACCAGGAGAUGUGGUUUUGCAGACGCUUUUGUAUGCAUGAAGUAUUUCAUGACAAGCAUGCACUACGGGGCAGAGCUUCAUCCCCAUUGACUAAAGGCCAUUUCUGCGUCACUAGCUCUCAGCUGGGCUCUUCGGCCCCAGUGCCUCCCUGUCCUAAAUCUGAGUGUCCUCAGGAAGUGCUUCUGUACAACGGGGCCACACUGUGCCUUCCUGCUGUGAUGAUACAUAACGCUAUCCAGAUGGUCUACAGUUGUGGUACUUUCAUCUUAACUUUUAAAGCAUUGUCCCUUUUACCUCAACAUACACUGUUUUUGCUAUUUCUGAUAUUCUGUACUGUAGGCUGUAUUUCCAAUUAGACCAUUAAGAAAAAUAACCAUGGGGCUGGUCCAGUGGCUCAGGUGGUUGGAGCGCUGUGCUCCUAACACCGAG